AGAGUGUCAAGAGCAGAGAGCCUGGACAUGGACUAGGGUUGCCUGGCUUCAAGGAACAGGCUCCCCAUUCCUCAAGCCCCUCUAAGCUGCCAGGCUGUGCCCUCCUUUCUCCCAAGACUGCCACUGGGCCCCUCCUGAGUGGCCCCGGAACAAUCUUUCAGCAUGAACUGCAUAUCCGACUUCUUCACCUACGAAACCACCAAGUCGGUGGUUGUGAAGAGCUGGACCAUCGGCAUCAUCAACCGAGUGGUUCAGCUUCUGAUCAUCUCCUACUUUGUGGGGUGGGUGUUCUUACACGAGAAGGCGUACCAGGUGCGGGAUACGGCCAUCGAGUCCUCAGUGGUCACCAAGGUGAAGGGCUUCGGACUGUACACCAACAGAGUCAUGGACGUGUCUGAUUACGUCACGCCACCCCAGGGCACCUCUGUCUUUGUCAUCAUCACCAAGAUGAUUGUUACUGAAAACCAGAUGCAAGGCUUCUGCCCCGAGAAUGAGGAGAAGUACCGCUGUGUGUCAGACAGCCAGUGUGGGCCCGAGCGCGUCCCGGGCGGGGGGGUGCUCACUGGCCACUGCGUGAACUACAGUUCGGUGCUCCGGACCUGUGAGAUCCGGGGCUGGUGCCCCACCGAGGUGGACACGGUGGAAGCGCCCAUCAUGGCAGAAGCCGAGAACUUCACUAUUUUCAUCAAGAACAGCAUCCGCUUCCCCCUCUUCAACUUUGAGAAGGGAAACAUCCUUCCCAACCUGACCUCCGGGGACAUGAAGACCUGCCGCUUCCACCCUGACAAGGCCCCCUUCUGCCCCAUCUUGCGGGUGGGGGAUGUGGUCAAGUUUGCGGGGCAGGAUUUCGCCCAGCUGGCCAGAACGGGCGGCGUCCUGGGCAUUAAGAUUGGCUGGGUGUGCGACUUGGACAAAGCCUGGGACCAGUGCAUCCCCAAGUACUCCUUCACCCGACUCGACAGCGUUUCUCAGAAGAGCAGCGUCUCCCCAGGCUACAACUUCAGGUUUGCCAAGUACUAUAAAAUGGAGAACGGGAGCGAGUACCGCACACUCCUGAAGGCGUUUGGCAUCCGCUUCGACGUUCUGGUGUAUGGGAAUGCUGGCAAGUUCAAUAUCAUCCCCACCAUCAUCAGCUCCGUGGCAGCCUUCACCUCCGUGGGAGUGUCUCCUCUCUAUGAAAUUUUGGGGGCCAUUGUCUUGCUAAGCCUCUGGUGUGGCCAUGUGCUCUUUGAGCUAUGGCUGCCGCCUUGCUUCCUGGCUUUGGCCCCCUCCCCCACCUCAAGGAGGUAA